AUGUCUUCUCUGUCUUCAGCGCCACCAAAAUUACUAGCGCUGUACAUAACAGUACCAAUUCUCGCAUUCGGUAUGGGAUAUUUGCUAGGCAGACCAAGUGGAUCACAGCUGCGCACAACUACCGAUUCGGAGGAAGAAGACAGUGACGAUGAACCUCAGGAGGGGCUUGGAUCGGUGAAGCCGAGUAUUUUAGAGCCAUGCAAGAUGGUUUUAGUCGUUAGAACUGAUUUAGGUAUGACCAAAGGCAAAAUAGCAGCGCAAUGCAGCCACGCCACUUUGGCUUGCUACAAGGCACUCCAGCAGUCAAAUCCAGCCCUGCUUCGUCACUGGGAGCGUACUGGCCAAGCAAAGAUAACAGUACAAGCAAAGUCAGAAGAGGAGCUUAUGAUACUGCAAGCACAAGCACAGUCUGUGAAUGUAUGUGCAAAGACCAUUCAGGAUGCUGGGCGCACACAGAUAGAAGCCGGAUCAACUACAGUGCUAGGCGUUGGACCAGCACCUGUAGAUCUUGUCAACGUGGUGACUUCCGAGCAGAAGCUGUUGUAG